AUGGACUAUCCGCCGGCGGUGCUCACCCGCCGCGUCACCUCCUGCCCCACCCUGCUCGCCCAGCGGUGCGGGUCCUGCAGCACGUGCGCUUGCGGCUCCAGUUCGUUGAUGAGCUCCUCCGCCACCUGCAGGCAGCACGCGAGGGGAUUGAAUUCAGGUAAGUUGAUGCGUAUGGAGAUUAAAUUAUGCUACUUUGUAGUUUUGUUGAGUAAAGCACACGUUAUAUACUAUCAACUUUUUAAAGCUUUUAUUGAAAAUAUCACUAGUUCUCACAAUUUGUCAAAUACUAAUGAAAGGUUCAUUUUGAGAAUGUAA